AACGUUCUGUUUACAGAUAGAACUACGACAGGGUAACGUGGCUAAGGGACACGUAGUUGCGGGCCUAGAUACCAUAGAUUUUGGUUAAAGGAUCACAGGACUGAACAGAACUAGACCUGAUUAAAACUGUCAUUACAAGAAGGAUGUUUACUACAUUGUUAGCACUCGGUGUCAUUGUGUAUUUGUUACUUUAUUUUUACGUACAAUAUGGGCGAGAUGGACAACUUAUCAAUAAUAUACCAGGCCCAUCAGGUUAUCCAAUUAUUGGUCAUAUACACCUAUUUGCAUUUUCUUCAUCAGAGGAACUGUGGAAGACUUACGUGGAAAUAACUGACCAGUAUUCUAUUUUAAAAGUAUGGGUAUUCUUGUCGUCUGUGGUAUCAAUCCGCCAUCCCGAUGAUCUGGAGGUAAUACUAAGUAGCACAAACUAUAUCGAAAAGAGUAAUAUAUAUGAUGCACUACAUCCUUGGUUGCAGACGGGUCUUCUCACUAGUGGAGGGGCUAAGUGGCAUACACGGCGAAAAAUAUUAACUCCCACGUUCCAUUUUAACAUAUUGCAAAAAUUUGUUGAGAUUUUAAUCGAAGAAAGUGAGAGCAUGACAAAGUCUUUGAAAAAAGAAGGGGGCACAGUUGUAAAAGAUUUAAUGCCAUUCCUUAGUGAACAUACGCUUAAUGCAAUAUGCGAAACUGCCAUGGGCAUCUCUUUACAAGAAAUGGGAUCAUUUCAGCAAUGGUAUCGAAACGCAGUUCAUCAGAUGUGCCAACUUGUAGUUUAUAGAUUAAUGAGGCCUUGGUUGUACAUCAAUUGGAUAUUCUCGUUAACGCCAGCAGGUAGAAAGCAAUUAAAGGUCUUGAACAUAUUGCACACAUUUACUGAAAAAAUUAUUGCAGAAAGAAAAAGUUAUCUUAAACUCACCAAUGGGCAAUACUUGAAAAACAUUAACAAUGAUGUAGAAGAAGAUGAUGCCGAAAUUAAAGGAACUCGAAAAAAGCGGCUUGCAAUGUUGGAUCUUUUAAUACUGGCGUCUGAAGAGGGUCUUCUAACUGAUUCAGAUAUUAAAGAAGAAGUUGAUACAUUUGUAUUUGAGGGUCAUGAUACUAUAGCGACGGCUCUAUGUUAUGCUUUAUCAUUAUUGGCUGAACACAAGGACAUUCAGGAUCGAGUCAGAAGAGAAAUCAAUACUGUUAUGCAAGAGAAUCAAGGAAAACUUACCAUGAAAUCGCUGCAAGGUCUAUCAUAUUUAGAGAGAUGUAUAAAAGAAGCGUUGCGUUUAUACCCUAGUGUUUUCUUCAUUUCACGAGUUGUAAAUGAAGAAGUACAAUUAAAAUCAUAUUUGAUACCUGCUGGAACAGCGGUGCAACUUAAUAUCUAUGGCGUUCAUAGAGAUCCUAAUUUUUGGCCAAAUCCGGAAGUAUUUGAUCCAGAUAGAUUUUUACCUGAAAACAUUAGAAAUCGUCAUCCUUACUCGUACAUACCAUUUAGUGCUGGACCACGUAAUUGUAUCGGCCAACGAUUUGCUAUGCUGGAGAUGAAGGCAAUGAUGUCCCAUCUAAUACAGAAGUUCUAUCUGGAACCUGUUGAUUAUUUAAAGGAUCUUGUAAUAAAAAGUGAUUUGGUGUUGCGAUCUUCUAAUCCGAUGCGCGUAAAAUUUAUUCCAAUCGCCUCAAAACUAGACCUGAUUAAAACGGUCAUUACCAGAAGGAUGUUUACUACAUUGUUAUUACUCAGUGUUCUUGCAUAUUUGGCACUUCAUGUUUACGCACGAUAUGGCCGACAUGGGCGACUCCUCAAUAAUAUACCAGGCCCAUCGGCUUAUCCAUUUAUUGGUCAUAUGUACCUACUUGCAUUUUCUUCAUCAGAGGAAAUCUGGAAGCUCAUCACGGGUUUAUCUGAGCAGUAUUCUAUUUGGAAAUUAUGGAUAUUCUUUACGUCUUUUGUAUCCAUGCGCCAUCCCGAUGAUCUGGAGGUAAUACUAAGUAGCACAAACUACAUCCAGAAAAGUACAAUAUAUGACGCAUUACAACCUUGGUUACAGACGGGUCUUCUUACUAGUGAAGGAGAUAAGUGGCAUACACGGAGAAAAAUAUUAACUCCCACGUUCCAUUUUAACAUAUUGCAAAAAUUUGUUGAGAUUUUAAUCGAGGAAAGUGAGAGCAUGACAAAGUCUUUGAAAAAAGAAGGGGGCACAGUUGUAAAAGACUUAAUACCAUUCCUUAGUGAACAUACGCUUAAUGCAAUAUGCGAAACUGCCAUGGGCAUCUCUUUACAAGGAAUGGGAUUAUUUCAGCAACGGUAUCGAAACGCAGUUCAUCAGAUGUGCCAACUCAUAGUUUAUAGAGUAACGAGGCCGUGGUUGCACAACAAAUGGAUAUUUCCGUUAACGCCAACAGGCAGAAAGCAAGCAAAAGUUUUGAAAAUAUUGCACACAUUUACUGAAAAAAUUAUUGCAGAAAGAAGAAAUUAUCAUAAACUCACCAAUGGGCAGUACUUGAAAAACAUUAACAAUGAUGUAGAAGAAGAUGAUGCCGAAAUUAAAGGAACUCGAAAAAAGCGGCUUGCAAUGUUGGAUCUUUUAAUACUGGCGUCUGAAGAGGGUCUUCUAACUGAUUCAGAUAUUAAAGAAGAAGUUGAUACAUUUGUAUUUGAGGGUCAUGAUACUACAGCGAUGGCUUUAUGUUAUGCUUUAUCAUUAUUGGCUGAACACAAGGACAUUCAGGAUCGUGUCAGAAGAGAAAUCAAUACUGUUAUGCAAGAGAAUCAGGGAACACUUACUAUGAAAUCGCUGCAAGGUCUAUCAUAUUUAGAGAGAUGUAUAAAAGAAGCGUUGCGUUUAUAUCCUAGUGUUUACUUUAUUUCACGAUUUAUAAAUGAAGAAGUACAAUUAAAAUCAUAUUUGAUACCUGGUGGGACACUGGUGCACCUUAAUAUCUAUGGCGUUCAUAGAGAUCCUAAUUUUUGGCCAAAUCCUGAAGUAUUUGAUCCGGAUAGAUUUUUAUCUGAAAACAUUAGAAAUCGUCAUCCUUAUUCGUACAUACCAUUUAGUGCUGGACCACGUAAUUGUAUCGGCCAACGAUUUGCUUUGCUGGAGAUGAAGGCAAUGAUGUCCCAUCUAAUACACAAUUUCUAUCUGGAACCUGUUGAUUAUUUAAAGGACAACGUAGUAAAAAUUGAUUUGGUGAUGCGAACUUCUAAUCCGAUGCGUGUAAAAUUGAUCCCAAUCGCCUCAAAAUAA